AGGAUACGUUAACAUGCCUGACAGGUUCACUCUGCUUACUUUCAGCUUUUGUUUCAUACUUCACAAUGUUUGUAGUUGGAACGUGAGUGAACCUCUCAACCACACAUUCAAUGACGACGACUCGGUCAGUGUCACAUGCAUGUUUAAUGGAGAGGAAAAGUUUGAAUUAGAAGCUAAGUUGAAAAUGAAUGAUAAAUAUGUUUGUGAGGUUUAUAACAAAAGCCAAGAACAGGGCACGCAUAAACAUGACUGUACAUGGCAGCAUAAGGACAACAAAUUCACGUUCACCUUAAUGAAACCUGAGGGCUUACACAAAAAUACAUUUUCCUGUGAGAUAUCCAAAAUUAAACCAUUUCCAGUCAAAAUUCAAGAAGGACCAAAAACAAAGCUUUUCCGAGGUUGCAAUAAGUCUUUGGCUCCACCGAAGAACAGUUGUCCAUUCACUAACCAAACAAAUAACCAGGAUCACAGACCUGUAGAAAGUCACACACCUGAAGAAAUGUAUACCCUAUUAAUCUGUGGUCUGAUAAUAGUGGUGGUAAUGCUGUCUGUCUACAGCAUUAUUCUUACGGCAGUCUACAUAAGAUUGAGGGCCACAAAGCCUGAGUCUUCUGACACACUGACCUAUGUCCCAAUGCAGAGGAAUGUAAACCGGCGUGAUCUAGACAACACCGAAUAUGUGGACAUGCGUGAAGUGCAGAAACGGGGAGGAUCCCACAGAGAUAUGAACCACAACUCUCAUCUUGCUAUUGCCUGAGCCCAUUUCUGGCAUAAGUGAGCUCAUGCUUUAACUGCUCUAGGACUUACUGCUGGAUGAAUUUUACUUAGGCUACACUAAAGAAUAUCACAGGACAAAACUAUUGCCUUUCUACCAAACAAAACAGACUUUCCUGAAUGCCUGAAUCUGCAUAUUGCGGCUGCACUGCAUACAUUACGCAGUCUUGAUGUUCUCUGUGUCAGAUGGUUUCAUCUGGUGGCUUGUACAACCUAAUGCUGAAUUGUAGAUAUGCCAAGCUAAAUGUAUAUGAAGUAUUUAGCUUGGGAAUUUUUUAAUUAUUAUUUUGAUC